AUGGUUAAGCAAGGGAACUUUAUUGGGUUUGAUAAAAUCCCAAGGUUGGAAACCAGUUUGGUGUGGAAAGAAGGCCAUGUUGGUGAUCAAGGGGAACAAUUAAAUGAGAUGUUAAGUAGGUUGGUGUUUAGGGCCAACACAAAGGUGCAACAAUUGGGGCUCAGUGCACGAGGCCCACCUCUUCCUUUGACAUGGCUACCUCUUGUUCCCACACUGUGUCUUCUUGUGUUCAAGGAGUAUGCAGAAACAAGUCCUGACUGGAAUCUGAUGCUCAAACUCAACAACAACCCACUUCCUUGUGGACAUGUCGCCCACCCUCAGGGCAAAUCAAAACCAAAGAGAGACCCUAAGGUGGCGGCUUUUCUUUUCAGUCUUGAUCAGUUUCAUUCAUUGGAAGAUAUGGGAACAUUAGAACAAAUCGAUGCUCCUCAAACCCAGUCAUCAUCAUCUUCAUCAUCUUCCAUUGAUAGCAACAACCACCCUUCUAGGACUCCACCACCCUCUUCCCCUUCAUCAAGUGUCUGCAGAAACAGAACUGAUUUGAGCACUGACCUCAGACUUGGUCUUAGCAUCUCUCCUUCUUCUCAAUCUCAACCACCUUUCAAUUCAACACCAAGGGAGGAAAGUUUCAACUGGCCACCAAUUAAGUCCAUAUUGAGGAGCACCCUUGUGGGGAAACAAAGCCUUCUGAGCCAAAGGCCCUCUUUAUUUGUCAAAGUCUACAUGGAAGGCAUCCCCAUCGGAAGAAAAUUAAAUCUGAUGGCACAUUAUAGCUACGAUGGACUUGUGAAAACUCUUGGCCAUAUGUUCAGGACCACCAUUCUGUGUCCUAACUCUCAACCACUCAAUUCUGGGAAUUUUCACGUGCUAACUUACGAGGAUCAAGAAGGGGACUGGAUGAUGGUUGGAGAUGUGCCGUGGGAGAUGUUCUUGAGCAGUGUGAAGAGGCUGAAGAUCACGAGAGCUGACAGAUGCUAG